GUGAUGCUCAAGUCAUGUGUCAUUUCCGGAGUUUAGUUUCUUCGUCCUUCCCAAACGACAACAGCACAAGCUCCUUUGUAUGGUUUAGCAAUUGUUCGAGCAAAAAAUUAGAGUGGAACAGAAUGAAAGUAGCCUCGGAGGUGAUCUUUCUCUUCAGAGACACAAAGGGAUUUGCCUCUGCCAUUUCCGAUGCUUUCCGCUCAAACCCUUCCCCGUCUUUGCAGUGCCUGGAGGACUCCUUUGAGCUAUCCCUGGAGGGUUAUGGGAUCAAAGACCAAAAGGCAUCUGGGACCAUUUUUCACUUCGUUAAUGCUGAAGGCACUUACCAGGUGUCAUUGAUGAUCAUGCAACAUUAUGAGCCACCUAUCCUCGCAUGUGCUGUUAAUGAGGUUCUUGGUAAAAUAGCAGGAGAUAAAUCAUCCCUAAUACCAAAACUGUAUGUACCAAUUAUUGUGGAGUCAUCCCAAAUUAAAGGGGAAAGCAAAUCCUUAAGAUCUGAUGAGAGCAGAGCAUUAGUUUACGGUAUACAGAUAGGUCAAGAAACAGAAACCAAUGAGGCCUUACUCUCCAAAAUUGUGAAACCACCAUCCUCGCUUCGGAUUCAGGAUGAGAAGUUAGCAUGUUGUCUUCACUUACUUAGCGUGUUGAAGCUACCAACCUUUUUUCUCAUUGGACAAACAGGACAGUACUUACUGAAUAAAGCCUCUGAACAGUUUGAGAUAACUCACACUAUUGGCGAGAUUUUGGCGAGCACAACAGGCUUGCAUUAUUCGAAAGACAGUGUGGCAUUGAAUCCAACCAAGGCAUCAAGGGAUAGCAAAGAGCCAUGGCGUGCAUUAUAUGGUUGAGCAGUAACAAUAAAAAAGUUUGACGGAUUUGGUGCCUUCAACCUUUAGUCCUUUUUUGUUGGUGAAUAUUACCUUAAAGGGUAUUUUUAUCCCUCGAUUAUUCGCUUAGAAGCAUAUGGCAUUAUAAACUUUCAUGUUGUGUAAUUCUCUUUUUAAUUUUUAAAAAUAAUGCAUUAAGCAUAUCACUGUUAAAAAAGUUAA